AACAAAUGAUGAGGAAUUAGAAAAACAUCCUUCUGAAGAACAUCACUAUCCAAAUGAGAAGUCAGCACUUUGGAUGGAGAAACAUGUAAUGACUUGUCAUUACAUGACUCAAGUCACAAAGUGUGAUGAUCAAAGCUAUUGCAAACCAUUUCGAAGUGGAAUAAGGCAAAUUCUUCCUAAUCGCCUUUUCCCCCCACCACUCAAAAUUCAACAAAAGCCUUCUG